AUGAAUGUUAUACAUCAAGAUGAAAAUCCUUCCCGUGAAGCUUGGUCAAUCGAAUGGAUGACAUUAUCUAAUCUUCCUUUUGAUGAAUGGGAACAUACAGAGUGUUUUUCUGAAAUUAAUACGUGGGUUCAACGUGUGUCGAAUAUGACGUGGAACACUGAUGAUGAUCACUUUACUCAGCCACAAUAUACAAUUCCUGUCGUGCGUCUUCUUCGUAUAAUUGCUAGGGCAUGCUCUCAUGAAUUAAGGCGUCUUAAUAGCGAAAAUGAAGAACUGGAGCAUUCAAUAGGAGCAGCACAUGAUGCAGAAGAGGCUAUUCGGGCGCGUGUAGAACUACUACGACGAGAAAAUAAUGAUCUUCGUUUGACUCUUGAACAUAAAACAAAUGUUAAAGAUAAAGAUGAUGAUGUGAAUACUCUUUCUCAGAAGGUUUCUGUGCGUGAAAUGCGUGAUAUAAGGCACAUUAAGGAAAAACUUGAUAAAUUAAAUAGUGAGGUGAAUCGUUUACGACACGAGAACAAUGAACUACGUCAAACCCUUCAACGUCGAGAUGCUGAGAAAUCACAUGUUGCCAAAGAUGAUGAGAAAUUUCGCCUUGAGUAUAAACACCUUGUUGCCAGGUAUAAACGUCUUGUAGAAAAAUCUACUAAAGCUGAGGAUAUGUUGCGGGAAUUUCAGCGCCUAGAAAAGAAAAAACAACGAGAUAAUGAGAGUGAAUUAGAACGAAUGCAGAGGAAAUUAAGAACAUUACAACAUGAGAAUUACGAUCUCAUUCGGUCUCGUGACCAAGCGGAAGAACUUUGUGAACAACGAGAAGCGGAAGCAUUGCGUGACAUGACGGAAUUACAGCAACUCCAUCGUGAUAUUAUUGAAGAAGAAAAACAACGUAUUGAGGCUUUACAAGAUGAACUACAUCAUGUACGUGAUGCAAAUCAUGGGAUGAAAGAUGUCAUAAAUGAACUUCAACAUUCGUUAAAGCAAUCAGAAGAAGAGAACAAUAGCUUGCGAGAAAAGUUAAAACAUCAUUUGACUUCAACAAGAUUUCAAGAGGUAGAGACAACAGGGGGAAGCUAUACUACUGAAGGUGAUUCUUCUUCAAGCACAGUUCCAUUACCUCAAACAGAAAGAGGAACAACCCAAACUAGAUUGGAAGACCAAACCAUACAGAAACUUUUGAUAGAACGACAACGAAUUCAGCAAGAAAAUGAUAGACUUUCAAUAGAAUUACAACAAAUGGAAGUACGAGCAGAAGCACAAGAUGCAGAGAAUAUCAAAAUUCAACGCCUCCUUAAGGAGUACGAACAAGGAAACGAAGGUAUUCGUCACCUCCGAGGUGAAUUGGUUGAAUCUAAUCGCGUAGUGGAGCUUCUUCAACAGGAAAAUGUUCAACUAAGGGAAAGGCUUAACGCAAUGGAAGACUCUUUAACUUUCUCUGCCGCAUUACAAGAGUUAUGUGUUCGCAUGGGUGUUACACAGGAUGAAAUUGAUCGUCUUCGCCCCAAGAGUACACCUCUUCUUAGUGAAGUGGAAACGUUGCGAGAAGAGGUUUCCACUUUAAAAGAGGAAGUUGAGUGGUUGGAAAAGGAAAGACGAUAUUGGAUGGACAAGGUUCGUUUGCAACCCCUCCUUGACACGAAACUUCGACUUGAGUUAGGCCUUACUUCAGAACAGCUGAAGCAACUAGACCAUGUUGUGGAUCAAAUGAAAUCGGGUAGAUUAAUCAUGGAGGAGGAUGGAGAAAAUUAUAAAGAAAAAUAUUUUCAUGAACUUCAACUGCGACGAAAGGAAAUGGAGCAUUUCAAUGACUUUGUUAGACAACGUAUUGAAGAGGCUCUGCGUGAGGCAUUCGGAAAGAAAGACCUUAGCUCUACUCAAGAUACAACUUCCGCUCUGCAGUUUCUGCGAGAAAGAAUAGAUAAAAUUACUUCACAACCAUUAAUGGAUGAUCCUCAUGAAACGUCUAUGGAUAUGUCGCGUUUGAAGAACCAACUAAAAAGUGCGCUUCAAUUACUUGAGCAAUCGGAGCUUACUAUCAAAGAUAAUGCAAACUCACAAACCGCUCUUCGAGAGCAGUUGGUGGCUGUGAUGGCGGAGCGAGAUAUGCUGAUGGAAGAGCGUGACAAGUACCGUAGUGCCGUUUUUGAGGCAUUGGGAGUCAACACAUCUUCUUAUACUCCUACGGCAAAUGAAGUACGUUCUGCAGAUACUGGAGAAGUAUCCCUACAUAACAGGUCUGGAAAUAUAGAACCUCCACUACCAUCAUGUGCAGAACGAGGUGAUGAAGUAUCUCAUCUUCGGACUGGAUCUCUUGUUUCCAUCACUCGUACGUUUGAAGAACAAUUACGUGUGAAGGAUGAGCUUAUAGCCUCUCUUAAAAACCGUAUCGAAGUUGUAAAGGAGGAUGUGAAUAAAUUUCGUACAUCAGAAGCAAAAGCCGAACAGCAACUCAAUGAAGCGCGUGCAGUGCAGGAGGAACUUCGUGACCAGGUAUCUGCUCUUCAACAAAUAAAUGAAGAACUUAACGGAAAACUUGUGGAGUGUAGUAAGACUUUGGAAGACCUACAAGAAGUAAUGAAACGUGUUGAAUCAGGUAAUACUCGAGAAUUACUACAAAAGAUUGUUCUUUUGAGACAACGUGAAGGUAAACUAGUUCAGCGUUUGCGUCGUGUAAUGGAAACACAAGAGGAAGCGUCAAGGUCGGAACAGACUUUGAGAGAAUAUGUUAAUACAACCUUCAAAUCGCUUAAAGAUGCGCUGGAAGAUACUUCCACAGGUUUUGUUUUGCCACGUUCUACGAACAUUAUAAGUAUGGAAAACGAAACCUUGUCUGAGAUGCACCGCCUGCUUGAAUCUUCUCUGAGUGGAAAGCUUUUUAAAGAAGAUAGUGCCUACCUUGUUCAACUUCAACGGGUUUAUAAUGGUAUGGAGAACAUAGAAGAACUUAGCGCUCUACGAAUUGAUGCCAAAAAACGAAAACAAAAGAUGGAAGAAAUGGAGAGUGAAAUAAAUGAACUACGAAUUGAGGUGGAACGUUUACAGAAAUUGCAUGAUGUAAAUGCAGGAGCUCGUGUUUCUGAUGCCUCUCAUGCUGGUAAGUGGGAAACUGAAGCAACGACGUGGCGCCAAAAGUGCAGUCUCUACAUGAAGCGUUAUGAAGAGAAGGAGAAGGAAGUAUCAACCCUGGAAGCUGAUCUCGAAGACGCGCGAGGAGAACUUGCCUUGUUGCAAGAACACCUAGAUAACACAAGUAUUAAAAAGGAGGAUAAUACAAAAGGUAUACUUUCCGUUAUAGAGGAUGCAUCCUGUCAACAAGAAGAGGGAAAUCAAGCAGAUCAACGACGACGAGACGAUCAAGAUCAGACCUAUGGUAGAAAUACUGCAAAUGGAAAAGCACAACUUCUUGAACGUGAUGUUGCCCGUCUCAAGUCCAUAAACCUUGGUUUACUACAUCAUUCUCUAGAUUUGCAGGGUGAAUGCAAGCGUCUUGAAAUUCAGUUGGAAGCUACCAAGCAGGAACUUUCUUUAGUACGUGAUGCUGGAGAUUCACGAAAGGUGAGUGAAUUUGUUUCUGCUGCCAUACGGCAACACGCAACGCUGCGUCGUCAAAGUGAGUUGGCAUUGCUUCGUGCAAAACGAUCUCGCAUGCAACUCUGUGCUACUGAGGCAAAUUUACGCGUAGCUGUAAAUGAAGGAACAAUGUACAAACUUAGUGCUUUUCGUCUUUAUCGAAAAUAUGUUGAACAUAUGGUAUCCUUGCUAGACUAUGUUCGUUCUGUGCAACGAAGUGCUAAGGGAGUUAUUUCACCACAUCGUGUAGAAAUGAUGCACCGAAGAUUUCUUGAUUCUAUUGCAGAUCUUGAUCGUAGUGAAGCACGUCAGAAUGAGAUGACUCUUCAGCUUGCUGAAAGCAAUGGAAUGGUUAAGACUCUUCAAGAGCAACUAGAUAUUCUUAAGGUGAAUGACACUGAGGAUUGGGCAGAUGUACUUCACACCAAGUUGUUGACGGCACUAUCUGCAGUUCGAGAAAAAGAUGUUCAACUUGCUGAGUUAAGGGAAGAUAAUUUAUAUAUGCAACAAAAGGUGAAAAGGUCAGAGACAUACAUGCAGCAGUUAACAGAAGAGUUAACCCGUCUUGAAUUACGUUCUACAGGUGCUUUAUCACUUGAUGAAGAUAUUUUACAAAAGUUACUACAAUUAAAGGAAACCGUGUUUGCAAAGUUAGAGUCUCCAGCAAUAAUUAUUCAACCAAAUGAGACUGGAUCACGUGAUUUUGACAAUGCAGAAGCUGAUACUGCUAUUCGCGAGUACAAACAGGCGUUAGAUAAACAAUCGGAGUUAUCAAGGGAGUGUGCCUCACUCAAAAAACGACUGGAUGACGAGUUAGUUGAAACCAAGAAAGCUCAAGCAGUUGCAGAUUCUUUAAAAGAGGAGGUUAAUCGAUUACAUGAUCGUCUACAAUAUACCCAACGUAAUGUAGAAGAAGAAAGACAAAAAGCAGAGAAUCGUGAACGGCGUUUAAUACGGUCACAUGAGGCGCAAGCGGAAGUAACACAACGUGCAGCAGAGCACAACAAUCAAUGUUUACGUGAUAUGCUUCAAAAUAAGGAGAUGUGUAUUAAACAACUUCAGGAGCAACUUCAGACUGAGCGCAAAAAGUAUCUUGAGUAUCAGUUAGGGGAGUCUGCAAGAAUGGAACGGUUACAUGAUCAUUUAUUUAAAGAAAAUAAUGCUAUGAUGGAACGAUUUCGUGAAGCCAUUAGCGGUGUGGCAGAGAAUUAUACAUACAAUACAAUGACAACGGAUGCGGAUACUGCACCACACGAUGGAGUUGCUGAACAACUCAUGUUGUUAACAAAGGAAACACUUCGACUUAAAUCGGAACUACGAGAUGCACGUGCAACAAACAUUCUUCUUGAAGGAAAAUUGAAUGAUCAAGUUACUAAAGCACAGCAAGAGCUUUUAGAGGCUCAUCAAAGCGAACAAUAUACAACACAGAUGCCAGCAGGAGAGGUUUCUAUUGUUGGUGUUAUAGGCGAUCAAAAUGUUAUUAUAGAGAGUUUACGGCAGCGUGAGUUUACCCUAACUCGAGAACUACAACGAGAAAGGAGUGAGAAAGAUCUCUUGGAGAAACAGUUGUAUGAGGUUCGACAGCACAUUGUGGAACAUGGUGUAGGGCUAGAGAAAGCUGCUGAGGUGGGGACGACUGGGAUGGGUUCCAUUAUUGAGCAGGAACUUCGAGGGCAGCUGGCUUUUGUGGAGAGCCAAUUGUUAGAGACGCGGGCGCAGUUAGAGGAGGAACGGCAGAAUGCACAGCGGAUGCAAUUGGACAGUACUCAAUGGCGAACUCAUUUGGAUGCAUUGCGUGAGGAAGUUGUGGCGCAGCAAGCCGAGAUUGAAGGUGCACGACAACUUGUCGUGAUGAAUGAUCAUUUGAAAGCCGACAUCCGUCGUGUGGAAGAGCAGAACGAGAAACUGGUCAUGGCAACUAACAUGCUUAAACAAAGACUUUUAGAAGAAGCACAGAAGCGUGGUGAUAUGUCACACAAACAGCAGCACGAACUCGCACUGGCACAGAGGAUGGGAACAAUCCAACUGGAGUCUACUGAACAACUUAAGGUGGUCACUGAACGAUUGCGUUCGAUUCAACGUGAGUUGGAGGAGAGAGUUCGUCGUGAGGAAGAAACACUAAAGAAAUAUGAAGAAACGCAGCGGAUGGCCUACGAUCUGCAUAGACAACUGGAGGAAAAGGAACGUGAGAUAUUGCGACUUCAGAAUGAGUUGGCCUCCCGUUCUUUACCAUCGCAGGAAAUAAAGAUUGGACGUGUAAAGGUACCGCAGGUCUCUUCUACAAUAGAUGAAGGGACCCAACAUUCUGCCUCAAAAGAAACGGCAGUAAGGUACGACCAAUCCCGACCACCGCCACCGCCGCCAUCCUCGUCAAAGGGACAAGAGCAAGAGCAACUGCAACAACAACAACAACAACAACAACAACAACAACAACAACAACAACAACAACAACAACAACCUGUCCAAACGCAAAAACAACAAAAGAAGAUACAUCAACCUCAUUCUGCUACUUCUCUCACUCAUAUUCGUACUUUACUUACUGAUGUUGAUGCAAACGCACUAGCGCAGCCUCAAAUUGCAGCACUGCUCAGACGGGAGAUUGAAAAGGCACAGCGAGACAAUCUACAUGAGAUCUCCUCAUUGCGAGCUGUUGUGCGGCGUCUGGAAAGUGACUUGGAGGAUUCUCGUGGUCAGCUUCGUGGAGAACGUGAAACUAGUCGUUCUCUCCGAGCUCAGAUACAUACUCUUCAAGACGAUCGUGAGGCAAAGAAACUUGCAAUGGCGCGGGAAUGUUUGAGUGGACAAGAUAAUUUAAAAGAGAACCAAAAAAUGUCUGAAAGUCGGAGUAAACCGUUGGUCACUCCUUCUGUAGUUGCUCUUCCUGUUGUUCCUGGGCAAGCCCCGUCAGCAGAUUCAGUGAGUGUUCGUGACCAAUCAUCAUACAAAGGUCAAAAAGAAACUGAAGAACUUAGACGACAGGUGGAGCAAAUAACGAAACGUGCAGCAGAAUCUGAGAAAGCAGUUAGGGAUGCUGAACGUUACAAGAAGGAAUUAGAAGAACUACGUGGGUGUCAACUGGAUAUGGUAGAUAGUGCUCAUAUGGCUUCCCCACUUGAUAUACGUUCCCACAAGCGGACAGUUCUCCACUUGGAAGGCAUUAUUGAGUCACUUCAACGGGAGCUAAACGUAGUAAAGGAAAUUCAACUUAAUAAUAUGCGACAACGCGUUAACCAGCUAGUUGCAGAAAAUGAGCGUUUGACUGCUGAGAUAAACCGUUCUCGCAUUGCAUCCACCACUUUAUCAACUGAUUUUACUGCUUCUCUGCCUGUUAAAUCCGAUAAGGUAGGCAGCCAAGAGGUACUAGAGCGGGAGUUGUUGGAGAAAAAUAAUACUAUUCUUGAUUUACGUUUCGAACAAGAAGCUCUACAGCUUAAAGUUGGACGCUUACAACGCCACAUUGAGGAUAUUCUUAAAGUUGAUUCGACAAAAACAAAACGCGGGGAAUCGUUUCAACAACGCAGUCGAGUAGAGGCAUUAGAGUCCGUGGUAGAAAACUUAAAGCUUGUGGUGGAACGGCUUCAGCAUGAGAACAAUAUGCUAAAGUCAAAAACUGUGAGUAUGUCGAAGCACAUGGAUCUUAUGAGGGAGUUGCGUGAGCUUCGUGCAAAUGAACGACACCUACGAGAACACUCUGAGAAGUUGGCUAAACGUCUCGUGGGACUUGCUUCAGGUGGUAGUGCUAUGUCUGAACAACAAGCCAAACUCCAGCGAAAAUUGCGAACCGCAGAGGCUACUGUGGAACAAUAUCAUGCUGAAAUGCUUGAGCUGAAACAGAAACUUGAUAAUCGCCAAGAAGUAUCAAGUGUGAAUGAUGAUACUUUGUCCAUUAGAGAAGGGACUCAUGCUGACACAAUUCAUUUUGAGAAUCGCCGCUCUGUGCAGCCUCUUGAUGUGUGGACAACUGACUUGCCACCACCACUCCCACCCAGGCCUAGAGUGACUGAUGCUGUAGAUCCACUUACCGAAAGUCACUUGACAACAUAUAAUCAUUAA